GCUAACCAAAAAUUAAAGUAAACCCUCUCUGCUACAAAGUCCACCAAACCACCAUUUGUUAACUUCAACAGCAACCUUUGAACAACUGAACACACCAAACCUUUCAUUCUACUCAAUCCCAUCUACUCACUUCUUCUCUGUACAUAGAGAUCAGACUGGUUUGAGGAAUCCAAAGAUCUCACUGACAACCCCAAUUAAUCAUCUUUCACUCUCCAAAUCUAAUUCCACAGAAAUUGGAGCUUUUGAUUGCUGAAAUCUACACAUCAGGUAAUCCCCCCAACCCCAAAAAGUUUCAAUUUUUAUUCAAGAUCAUAGAUAGAAGAAGUUAAAUCUUGUAAUGGGGGUGUCUUCAUUUUCAAUUGCAACUCCACCAAACCCAAUUGAAGAAGAAGAUGAAUCCCAGAAUUCAUCUCUUCUCUCAUCAAACAAAACCCAGUCUGUAAAUCAAUCUCAGAAUCCAAAAAAGACAAUCUUUUUCAUUUCUUUGAUAAUCAUAACUUGUAUUUCAUUAUCAGUUGCAAUUGCUUUUGGUUUCCUUUACUACUCUUCAAUUAAAAAUGUCUCACCUUCGAAAAGUGUCUCACCUUCAAUGGCAGAAACAGCUAGACCAUUAGUCAAACUCAGUCAACCAGUAGUUCUAUUGAUUUCAACUGAUGGGUUUAGAUUUGGUUAUCAAUUCAAAACCCCAACACCUAAUAUUCAUAGAUUGAUUCAUAACGGAACUGAAGCCGAUUUGGGUUUGAUUCCAGUUUUCCCAACUUUGACAUUCCCUAACCAUUACUCAAUUGCUACUGGUCUGUACCCAGCUUAUCAUGGCAUUAUCAAUAAUCAUUUUACGUAUCCGGGUACCGGUGAGACGUUUUAUAUGGGUAGUCAUGAUUCUAAAUGGUGGUUAGGUGAACCUAUAUGGGAGACUGUAAUGAAUCAUGGUUUGAAAGCUGCAACUUAUUUUUGGCCUGGUUCCGAGGUAAAGAAAGGUUCAUGGAAUUGUUCUGCAGAUAUGUGUAAGCAUUUCAAUGGUUCUGUUGCAUUUGAAGAAAGGGUUGAUACUGUUUUGAAGUACUUUGAUUUGACGUCUAAUGAGAUACCCAGUUUUAUGACUUUGUACUUUGAGGAUCCGGAUGCGCAAGGUCAUAAAGUUGGUCCAGAUGAUCCGCAGAUUACAGCAGCUGUUGCUAAGGUUGAUAAAAUGAUUGGUAGGUUGAUAGAUGGGUUGGAAAAGAGAGGUGUGUUUGAAGAUGUUACCAUAAUUUUGGUUGGUGAUCACGGAAUGGUUGGUACAUGUGAUAAAAAGAUUAUAUAUGUUGAUGAUUUAUCACCGUGGAUUGAAAUUCCGCCGACUUCUGUUCAAACGUAUACGCCAGUGUUGUCUAUGUAUCCCCCGCCUGGUAUUUCAGCUGCAGAUACUGUGGCCAAAAUGAUGGAGGGCUUGAAAUCGGGUAAAGUUGAUAAUGGGAUGAACAUGAGAGUCUUUCUUAAGGAAGAUUUACCUGCUCGACUUCAUUAUGCUGCAAGUGAACGGAUUCCUCCAAUUAUUGGUUUACUUGAAGAAGGAUUUAAGGUGGAACAGAAGAAAACGAAGCGAAAAGAGUGUGGAGGAUCUCAUGGUUAUGACAAUUCUUAUUUCUCCAUGAGAAGUAUUUUUAUUGGUCAUGGUCCUCAGUUUGGUAGAGGUGUAAAGGUUCCAUCAUUUGAGAAUGUUGAAAUUUAUAAUUUGAUUACUUCAGUUUUGAAGAUCCAAGGAGCUCCAAACAAUGGGACUGAAUCAUUUUUGAAAUCCAUUCUUUUGCCUAGUUCGUGAAAUUUUAAGCAAGCGGAUGCUCCUUGAAUGAUGUUUUUCCGCUGUGAAAAUUUUGAUAUCGAUCUCCAGGUCUGUGUAAACAGGUUCUAUUCAUUCUAGUUAGAUGCUGAGUUGCUGCAAUUGCUGCUUCAUCUAUAUAUGCACCCUCCUCGGUGCCAGUAUGGUAUGUUAUCAAUUAAGUUUAAAACUUUAAAUCCAUUCUACAAAUAUUUUGUAAAAUGGGUGGUGAAGCAUUACCAAAUAGAAAUGAGAUAUGUAUGAAACGUAAGAUUCAUACUUAGUUUUCUUAUGAGGCCUAUAGGUAUACUGCACAAUGAAUAUAUUCCCAUUUAUAUUGGCAAACAUUGUAUUAGCCGCCAGGGAUAUACUUCGUAAUUUCUAUCCUGUAAGAUUGUUGCACAAUUUGUGUAAAAAACUAUGAAUAAAAUCACAAUUUGCCGGA